CAUCUCCCUCCUCACUAGGUAUCUAACUAUCCGACUACAUCACCUCACUCUCUACGCCAAUCUAUUCUUUCUCUUUAUUUACUUUCCGUUUUAUCUUCCCUCCCUUUUACCCUCCAUAUUUCCCACGACGCUUUAUAUUCCCAGCCCACACAAUGGGCAAGUUAACCAGCUCGAUCGGUAUCCCGAUCAAGCUUCUCAAUGAAGCUCAGGGCCACGUCGUCACCCUCGAAAUCACCUCCGGCGUCGUCUACCGUGGAAAGCUGUUAGAGGCCGAAGACAACAUGAACGUCCAACUCAAAGACAUCACAGUCACCGCCCGCGACGGCCGCGUAUCCCAUCUCGACCAGGUGUACAUCCGGGGCAGCCACGUGCGGUUCUUUAUUGUGCCUGAUAUGCUACGAAACGCCCCCAUGUUCCGCUCGCGGGGUCAACGCGGUCGCGGUGUCGGUCUUGCGCGUGGUAAGGCGACGGUGCAGAGGGCGAGGGGGCAGAGACGGGGGUGAUCUUUUUUCCUUAUCUUUACUUUCGUCGAUUUCUUCAUUUUUAUGGUUUCUUUUAGUGUCGGUUUUUUAACAUUUUACUCUCCACAUUUAUGAUGAGGUGUCGCGUGCCUUGGGAUUGAUUAUUGUUGGUUGUAAGGUACCUACUAGAUUAGUACCUUGAGGUUAAUGCAGAUGCAUUUCCUUGUC